CUCUGGCAGGAAGGAAUGCCACCCCGGUGAGCAAGUGGGGCCCAGGGGCAACGUCACGGAGCCCCGCCCUCCUGCUGUCAGUCAGGGGAGUGGCCUGGCCUCUCCUUCCCGGGCUGGCCUGGCAUCCGCAGUCUACACUCAGCCCACCUUGCUGCCAGGCAGGCCGAGGGACCUCAGAGAGAACCAUGGAGACUUCAGGCUCUUCCCCCCAGUCUCAAGACCACAGUAGAGUCCACAGAGACACAGAAGAUCUUGACCAUGGACAGACGGACUUCCACAAGCAAGACGGAAAGGCCAGACUGUUUCCCCAAGAACAUGCCACGAGAGACAAGUCUUCCUCCUCCUCCUCCUCAUCUUCCUCUUCUUCCUCCUCGUCAUCCUCCUCUUCCUCCUCAGGUGCUGAGCACGAGGAGCCUGACAUUUUGCGGGAUGAACUUCAGCUCUAUGGAGAUGGGUCUGGAGAGAUGGUGCCAGCUGGGCAAUCGGGACUGCGCAGGAGAGGCUCUGACCCAGCACACGGAGAAGUGGAGGCCGCUCAGUUAAGAAGACUGAAUAUAAAGAAAGAUGACGAGUUCUUUCACUUCGUCCUCCUCUGCUUUGCCAUCGGGGCCUUGCUGGUCUGUUAUCACUACUACGCAGACUGGUUCAUGUCCCUCGGGGUUGGCCUCCUCACCUUCGCCUCCCUGGAGACCGUCGGCAUCUACUUCGGGCUGAUCUACCGGAUCCACAGCGUGCUGCAAGGCUUCAUCCCCCUCUUCCAGAAGCUGAGGCUGAUGGGGUUCCGGAGGACCGACUGAGGCCAGUGCCAGGCAGGCCUCAGUGGGACCCCAGCGGCGUCCCUGAGCCCACGAGGACCGCGAUGUCUGGAAGGUACACAGAGGCCAAGCCACAGCAAUGAAGACAGCACUUCCUGCUGUGUGGUCCUGACGUGGCACCAGCCUGGUGGGGUACCAUCCAGGCAGCACUGGCCUGCAGUCCAGGGCCAGGUUGGCAGUCUCGGUAGGGCGGGACUGGGCCCUAGUCCUUCAGGACAGCUGGACUGUCAGGAGGAGCCGGGACACCCCUGCUCCCAGGACGCCCCUGGUCCUGCCAGCUGCAGUCCCUCACAUCCCAGGUCAUCCUGCUGGACUUGGGGCUCUACAGAGCCAUCCCGGGACAGACAGACAGACAGCCCACUGUCCCGAGGUGGGAGUCAGCAGGGGCAGCUUCCCCAGGUGAACCGACAGAGCUGAGCCGGAUGGGGAGGGCACAGCCACAGCAGGGGCGCCUGCCCUCAGCUCACCACCCAGAGGCGUCCUGCUGCUCUGAGCGGUCAGGAAUCCAAUAAAAGUUCUC